UUCGCUUCGCAACGGGCCGGCGCGGAGGGCCGGAGGCGCCCAGGAGGGGGCGAGCCAGCCACGGGCAGAAAAAGCCUCGGCGGGUCCGCCCCGGAACCCGAGGACAACAAGGGCGAAGCGAAGCGUCGCGAUCCGCCCGAGAGGAGCCGAGCAGCGGAUGCCUCUCGCCGCCCUUGCCCCCGCCGGAGAAUCCCGAGGCGCCCGUCGAUCGUCCUCCGCGCCCGGCCCCGAAGCGCCGACCGGCAGCCCGGAGGGCCAAGCCGGCUUCUCCAUCGCUCCCGUUCCGUGGUGUUGCUGCGGCUGGAGGAGGAGGAGGCGCGCCCCGGAUCCUUCUUGCCCCGGUGCCCGCGGGCCACUUCUGGGCACCGCUGCCAGGCCAGGUGGACAACUGGGCAUAUCCCGGGUUUUGUUAGGCCCGCCCUGACGUCUUCCACCGGGAAUGAAAGCAGCGAAGGAGCGCCUUUCGGCGGAGCCCAAAUUGGAAGGGGCACCAACAGGACCUGGAAAAGCCACCGGCCCUCUUGCGACUGAAGGCAUGAUCAGGCCGCCAGGAUGGGGAGCGUCACGCGAGAGCAAAGGGGAAACCUGUAAAGCGGGACAACAGCGCUGGGAGGCCCAGUGGCAGGAGUUCCUGAGGACGCUCCAUCCCGGAAGGGGAGGAAACCCCGUGAUGAUGUCAGAGGCCUCUCCCUGGGAAGACCCCAAGGCCUUUCUGGCCUCUUUUGAGCAGGUGGCCACUGCCUGCCAGUGGCCCAGAGGAGAAUGGACGGCUCAUCUCCGGCCAGCUCUGAGCGGAGGGGUGGAAGAGACCUUCCGGAGCCUGGAUGCCAAAGACCAAGGGGAUUAUGGGAAGGUCAAGGCCGCCAUCUUGCGAGGGGAAGCCCUGAGAAUGGAGAUGCAACGCCAACAUUUUCGCCAGUUCUGCUGCCAGGAGGUGGGAGACCCCAGGAGGCUUUACGGCCAGCUCCAACAGCUGUGCCUCCAGUGGCUGAGGCCGGAGAGACGCAGCAAGGAGCAGAUCCUGGAGCUGCUGAUCCUGGAGCAGUUCCUGGCCAGCCUCCCAUCGGAGCUGCGGAGCUGGAUCCAGGCCAGGAGGCCAGAGACGUGUCCCCAGGCGGUGACUCUGGUGGAGGACUUCCUUCGGAGCCAGGAGCAGACCAGACCCGGGUCAUGGCAGAAUUCCUUAAAGGAAGAGCGGAUGGAUUUUUUACACGCAGAAGAAACACCUCUGGAAGUUAUGAAGAGAGAAAAUGACCACAAAGCGGGAACUGAGCCAGCCCUCCCAACAGACCAGCUUCAGGGUGGAAACCUAGAUUUUUCCGAUGACGUAAGAGAGUGUGAGGUUCAUGAAGAACGUUCCUAUUACGGACAAAAUGCAUUGGGGGAAAAAUGCGAGAUAGCUCCACAGACAAGCCACAGGGAUAAAGGAGAAGUUGUAGAAAUGCAGGGUGAAGGAGCCGAGUCCGAAGACCAGCAGAGGACAGAAAGAGAGGAGAGACAGAAUGAAUGUACAGAAUGCAUUAUCCAAAAUACCAGUAAAUCCAGUAAAGAAGAAAUGCCUCUGUUUUCCAAAUACGGCAGAAGGUACCGCUACAGAGUAGAAUUUGACGUGAUCCAUUCCAGGGAGGACUAUGAAGAAGGUCCCAAUUCAGAAGAAAAAAUCCAGCAUAAUUCCUCAAUUAGGCUACCGGAGGAAGCCGAAAUAAGUCAGAAGAAGCACACAUUCUUUGAAGGUGGGAAAGAAAGUUGCUGUCAGGAUGAAGAACCUCACCGGUCCUCCGAAUAUGAGGAAAACAUUCAUUUUGCAGACUCGCGGAGCGGGAUUCCAGCCUGUCCAGCGGAAGGUAGGCAGUAUGAAUGCUCUCAGUGUGGGAAAUGCUUAAGUACCAGAAGAAACUUGAAACUACACCAGAGAAGCCACACGGGAGAAAAGCCCUACGAAUGUUUCCAGUGUGGGAAAUGCUUCAGCCAGGCCGGAUGUUUGAAGACUCACCAAAGGUUUCAUACCGGAGAGAAGCCCUACAAAUGCGCUCAGUGCGGAAAAUAUUUCAGGCAGGCGGGCUACCUGAAGACCCACCAGAGGUUUCACACGGGAGAGAAGCCCUACAAAUGCGCUCACUGCGAUAAAUACUUCAGCCAGUCAGGAUACCUGAAGACCCACCAAAGGUUUCACACCGGGGAGAAACCCUACAACUGUUCACAGUGCGGGAAGGGCUUCAGUACGGGAAUAAACUUGAAGAGGCAUCAGAUGAUUCACACCGGAGAGAAACCCUACGAAUGCGCUCAGUGUGGGAAGUGUUUUAGGCAAGCCGGAAACCUGAAGAGCCAUCAAAGAACUCAUACUGGAGAGAAAAACCUAUAAAUGUUCUUAGAAUGGGAGACAAUUCAGUUGACAACACAGUCCAACACAGCAGUUCCUUUCGGCAGUUCCAAGAAAGCUUCACACCCAUUUGCACUAUUUCAGGUGACCCUGAGGGCACAGAUCAAUCUCCAAGCGGCCUCAACGACUCUCAGAAAGAGUGCUCAGAUGACUGCAAAGAAUAU